AUGGGUGUUGAUUUGAGGCAAGUGGUGGCUGGAAUUCUCACCAUUACCAUGUUUGUGAUGCUUGGACAAAUGCUUCAUAGAGAUUACUUUGAUUCUCUUCAGGAGAAAGUACAAGGAGAUGCACAUGAUAUUGAAUUCAAAGGAUCAAAAGUAGCUGUUGAAGAUGGACUUGUGAGAGCUAUUGAAGGGAGUAAUAAAGGACCUUGGAUGGAUGAUAGUCAUGAACUUAAACCUUGUUGGUCACUAUCUCAAUCUGAUGAAGUGGUAACUUCAAAGGGUUAUGUUACAUUCUCUUUAACGAAUGGUCCUGAAUACCAUGUCUCUCAGAUUACUGAUGCUGUGAUGGUGGCGAAGCAUCUUGGAGCGACGCUCGUGCUUCCUGAUAUAAGAGGAAGUAAACCUGGUGAUGAAAUGAACUUUGAGGAUAUCUAUGAUGUGGAUAAACUCGUUAAAACCUUGGAAAAUGUCGUCAAAGUUGUAAAAAAAUUGCCGAGCCAUGUAUCGCUAAGAGAUAUCGCCAUCGUUAAGGUCCCUUCCCGAGUUGCAGAAGAUUACAUCAAGGAACAUAUUGAUCCUAUCUUCAAAUCAAAAGGGAACAUUAGAGUUACAACGUAUUUCCCUUCGGUGAAUUUGAGGAAAACUUCGCAGGGUGGUGAAACAGACCCUGUCUCUUGUUUGGCAAUGUUUGGUUCCUUGGAGUUGCAACCUGGAGUGAAUGAAUUAGUUGAAUCGAUGAUUCAGCGGUUGAAGGCACAUAGCAAGAAAUCCGGUGGCCGUUUCGUAGCCAUAGACUUGAGGGUUGAGAUACUUGAAAAGAAAAAUUGCCAUGAAACAGGAGUAGUUGGAUCCAAAACAUGUUACAACGCACAAGAGAUUGCAUUGUUCUUGAGGAAGCUUGGAUUUGGCAGCGAUACAACUAUAUAUCUAACUCAGCCAAGAUGGGAGAGCAGCCUCAAUAUUCUUAAGGACAUUUUCCCGAAAACGUUUACUAAGGAGGAGAUAAUGCCGUCGGAUAAGAAAUCGAAGUAUCUUGAGUUAGAAAAUUCUGAAUAUGAAAAUGUCAUUGACUUCUACAUAAGUUCAAGGAGUGAUGUAUUCGUGCCAGCCAUUCCCGGUCUGUUUUACGCCAAUACAGUUGGAAAAAGGAUAGCUUUAGGCAAACCUCAAGUUCUUGUUCCAGCCGAGAUCUCAGGAUCAUCUGGUCUUCCCACUGAUUACAUCUCUCCUUACAUCUCAAAGAAGAACCAUUUGGCGUAUUCAUGCUUUUGCUGA